GGAGCACUUGUCGAAUGUGAUAGAUAGCCCCUCACCACCCCGGAAGUCGACUGUCCCCAAGAUGUCGGCGUUGCAGACGUUCCUGCUGGUCGUGGACCAUGAUAAGCAGGAGGCUAAGCAGAUCGCGGAACGAAUUGCCCAAGAUGUGGAGAGCAAGAAGACCACCCUGAUUGAGGUCGUGCAGUCGCUGAGCGAAUAUAUCAAUGACGAGGAUUCGAUUUUGCGCGGAAAGGCCGUUUCCUACCUCACGGCGGUGAUUAAGGCGCUGCCGCCGAAGUUCUUGUCCAGACAGCAGAUUCAGGUCCUUACGACGUUCUUUUGUGAUCGGAUCGAGGAUGGAGGGGCCGUCGCGGGGUUGGAGACUCUGCAGAAGCUGGAUCGGUUUAAUAAGCCGUUGGCUGAGGAGGUUGCUCUGGCUGUUUUCGACCGCUUGCAGGAAUUACAGUCUCGUUCGCAGUCCCAGAGAUUCCAGGUCUAUCAACUGUUGAAUGAGAUGAUGAUCAAUCAUCGUGCCGCUCUUCAUGAUAUGGGCGAUGAGUCACUUGUUGGAAUAGUGAACCUGAUGACGGGCGAGAAGGAUCCGCGCAACCUGAUGCUGGUGUUCUCGAUUCUCAAGGUGGUCAUGGUGGAAUGGGAUAUCUCCAACCAUGCUGAAGCAUUGUUCGACUCCGUCUACAACUACUUUCCGAUUACCUUCAGACCCCCGCCGAAUGACCCUUACGGUAUCACCGCUCAAGACCUGAAGGAUCGCUUGCAGGAUUGCAUCUCGGCGAACAGCCUGUUUGCUCCGCAUGCCUUCCCCUCUCUGCUCGAUAAGCUUGACUCGACAUCUCCGAAUGUCAAGAAAGAUGCACUCAACGCCUUGAUUGCAUGCGUCAAGUUGUACGACCCGAACACCGUGUCCAAGUAUUCGAUCACGAUCUGGGAGACCUUGAAAUUCGAGAUCCUCAAUGCCCAGGAGGAGUUCCUCUCCGAGCUUUCUCUGCAGGUCCUGAGUAGUAUUGCGCAGCGACUGUCGGAGGGUAUCACAGAGAUCUCCGAUCAACUACCUCUCGCUGUGUACUUGCAGCCCAUUACCAAAGAGUGCAACGAGCAAAUACGGGAGCCCCAGCAAAAGCAGGCGAAGCCUGCUCAGCAGAUUCUGAGCUCUGUUUCGGCUGCCUCUGCAGCUUCGUUCACCAUCAUCAUACAGACCGUCGUCGCACCGCUGUUGACGAUCUACCAGGAAGCCGAUGGGAUCGCGAAGCAAAGAGCCCUGUUGGAUACACUGGGCGUCCUCUUCGACUCCGCUAUCCGAGUAUUUGGUGAUUGGGCAUCGCGGGACGCGGAACCCACUCUCGGAAAUCCAUUGCUCGAGUUCAAGGACCAAUUUUCAGACAUCUUUGGUCAAGCCCUAAUGGGCGUUAUCAAAGAGGAGGUUUCAUUCCGCACUUCCGCUCUGAAGGGCUUUUUGCGUUUGUCUACCCUGCGCAACUACUUCCAAGACAACGAGAUCGGACUGUUCGUACAGUACCUCGACGAGAUUCUUCUCAAGGAGGAAUCUGUUGGUCGUGAUGACCUGAAGAGGGAGGCAAUUGCUGCCUUGACAGAAAUCUCAAAGUACAAGUCGCGCCUGAUCCUGGACAUCACCUUCCCUGCUUUUGUGGCCACUCUUCCUGACUCUGAUGACGGGUCGGAUUCUGGGUAUAUAUCCACCCUGGAGAGUCUCGCACAGAUCAGUGUAGAGAAGGAUGUCUUCGAGACUCUGGUCCGACGUUUACUCAGCAAAUUGAGCAUCUUGCUGCAAAAAGAGGAACCCGGCUCCGUGGCCUACCCCAGGGCCAUUCUCUCGACGAUUCUUUAUGUCAUGAACCAAAGGAAACUGGAUCAAGACCCGAACCUAGAACUCUACUACGACAAGAUCGUCGUGGGCCUGUGCCGUAGCGCAGCAGCAGCAGCUUCCGGCAAGGCUACCAAUACUAUCCUGAACGACGCUACAGUCCUCGAUAUACUCGGACGGCUGUGCAAUGUCAUUGUCAAGUCGCUUCCAAAGAGCAAGCAAGAGGAAGUCGCACGGAACACGUUGAGUCUAUUCGCCUCAGAAGACGGCUUCCAAGAGGUGACCUCGGCAUCAUCACCAAGCGACAACCACCGCCGCACAAUGAUCCUCUCGACAUACCUCGCCGCAAGUCUCCCACGAGAUCUCAAGACCGAGCCAUCCUGCAUACCCGACUCGCCCACUCUCAUCUCCAACGUUCUCACCCACAUCACAACCCUUUGCAUCAGCGAGACCGAGCCCGCAACCCAGCUCGCCCUCCUCCGCUACCUCGCUCUCUGGGUCAACAAAAUCCUCGAGAAGGAACACCUAGACAUUGCAACCGCCAUCUUCGACGGCCUCCUUCCUCCCGACGUGCAAGACCCGAAACUGAGCCCCUCCCAAAUCAAGACCAUCUUCUGGCUGUCUAAGGGCCUUGUCCUCCGUCUCGCCCCCAAGACGUCCCAAAUCCUCACCACCCUCCUGAACCUCCUCUCCUCGACCGACGAAGAAACCAGCACCACCGCAGCCCGCGGCUUCGCCCUUCUCCUUCGCGACGACGAAGUCCUCUCCACCGCCAACUUCGCCAACAUCCGCCUCCUCUCCAAACAGCGCGUCUUCAGCACCCUCAUCCCCCUCAUCUCCAGCCGCAUCCGCGAAGUCAACAUCACCGGCACCUCCUCCUCCACCACCACCCCAACCCCCUCGCACAUCAAACCCUCCCACCUAACCGCCCUCUCCGGCAUCCUCUCCACCAUCCCUCCCACCCUCGUUACCCCCGAACUUCCCACCCUCCUCCCCCUCCUCCUCCAAAGUCUCGACCUCCAAACCGCCUCCUCCCAACCCAUCCGCGCCGCCACCCUCGAAACCCUCGCUGUCAUCAUCCGCGACAACGGCGUCCCCGUGAUCGAAGCAUGCGGACACGUCCAAAGUCUCGUGACCCGCUUACUCAAGACAGCCGAGCACGCUCCGGCCAGUGGAGCCGUCAAUGGGUCGCGUCUGCGCGCCGAUGCCCUCAAAUGUCUGUUCUUGCUUGCGCAGACGCCCGCGUCGUCGUCAGAUGCACCGGCUAUCGCGAAGGCGGGGAGACUGUCUCCGCUCUUGCCGGUUAAGAAUCAGGUGCUGAGGGCGUUGCGGUUCGUGCUGGAUGAUCCGAAGAGAGAUGUGCGGAAGGCGGCGGUUGAUGCGCGGGGGGCGUGGCUGAGGGGUGUGGAUGAUGCGCCUGAUGACCAGGAUGAGUGAUGGGGAGUAUAGUGUGCUUUUUGCUUUGUGUCUUUCAUUUUCACGUUACCUACAUAUUGACGUUGGUUCUGUUGUGAUUUCUUUGCAGUAGAACAUAAAAAGAGCUGUUGGU